UUCUGAUUGUGGUUAAAAAAGCAGGCUCUCCCCAAACAGCUAGCUGCGCAGGAAAGCGUAACUUCCCCCUUCCCCGCCCCCUCCAGCUGCUAUAUAAGAAAGCUGCUCCGAUCCUCGGGUCUGGAAUUGUGAUAAUGGCUGUUCGUGGUCACCACUUGGCAGCCGCUGGGAUCUGCUUGGGAGUGCUCCUGGGACCGUGCGGGGCCCAAUACGUGCCAGAUAAUCUGGAAAUGAAGAUGAAUGGGAAGGCUCAGAUCGUAUUCCUCAAUGCAGAUGUCACCAUCCCCUGUAUGUUGUAUGAACAUGAUUCUGUAAACCUGAACAUCAAUGUCAUUGGAGUCAGGUGGUUCCAGAGAAGGUCAAACUCUGACAAGGAAGACAAUGUCUUUGAGUACAAUGGAGGAAAACAGACUCAGUUCAGACUAGGAGCCAGCAUCUCACUGUCAGGGCUGAGGAAGGGAAAUGCCUCUCUCUUCUUGCCUGCUAUCCAGUUUCAAGAAGGAGGAGAGUACAGAUGUGAAAUAAUCAUCCCUCCUAUCAAAGUGGAGAGAACAGCCAGAGUGGACGUGGUUGCUCAGCCCUCCAGCAUCCAUUUGCCACCAGAAACUAUAAUGGAGGAAAAGAACAUGUACAUCAAGAAUGUCACCCUGGCAGGGUCCUACCCUGAGUCUCAUAAAAUCAUCUGGGGGAUCAUUGGGUACAUACUCGUAGUGAUAUCCCUAUGUUCCUUUGUUUGGAUGUUGGUUGAAUUUCUCAGAAAAGUGGCACCUGUGCUGAGCCCACUCCCAGAAACAGUACAGUACCUCAAGCACCAGGAGAUGAAGACUUUGCAUUUUGUGAUUUGGGACUACAGGCCCAAAUCUUUGACGCUGAAGCUUUUCCUAAAGACCAAUCCCCACAGUGAGAAGAGUGAGGAAAAGCUCCUCUUUUGUUGGAAGACUCAGGGUGUGGAAAAGGAGGAAAAGCCAGAAUCCAUGCAGCUGAUGGAGAGCCAGGCAGGGUUCACCUUGAAUCCUGUAGUCCAGGCCUUGAGGUAUAAUGUCUUUGGAAUAUCAUGUCAUCUCACCGUGGAGUCUGACCUGGCUGAGUUCACAGAAGCAGAUCUCCUUCUCCAGGUGGAACAUUCAGCCCUCAAGAUCCCCCUCAGUAAGAAGAUCCAUCUGAAGAUCAUAGCUCAGCCCAAGCUGAAAAAGAUUCGGUGUUCCUCAGACCAUCUCCAGCCUGGGGAAAGCGUGACCUUGACGUGCAGGAUCCACUCCUUCUUUCCCAGAGCUGUCAGGGUGUCUUGGUAUAAGGAGGACAGGUUGAUGUUGGAGGACAUCAAGACAUCAGAGGCUUUGGAGACCUCAGAGGAUGGACUGCUUUGCUCCUGCACAAGCAAGCUGGAGUUCUUCCCUCACAUGGAGGACCUUGGGAAGAAAUUCAUAUGUAAAGCUGAGGUGGAAGGGGGUGAGCCUGUGGAGAGGCACUGGGUCCUGUGGGCACUGGGUGAGUUUCCAUCAAAUGGUCCUACUGAAGUACAGGGUGAUUCUGAAGGUACCCUCAACACUAAUAAAGAGAAAGUAGAGGAUAUUGUUGUGGUUUAGGAAAUGAUGUACUGCUUCAUUUAGAAAAUCAUGGAAAGACUUGGAUUUAUGAAGGAAAAUGCCAUCUACUUCCAGAGAAACAGAUGACAAGUGGAAAUGAGCAUAGUAAGGUCUUACAUAUAUAUGGAUGAGUGUAUAUGUGUAAUACACGUACAUUUACAGAUAUCUAUGUAUAUGUAUAUAUAUAUGCUCUUAACUGUAG